UUGAAAUGAAUUAGCUUCGAAAUGUAGGUAUAUUGUCAUUAUUUAUAACAGUUUUAUCUGCAAAGGACCUCCCAUGUGAAUUUGAUUCAUACGAAAAGCUUUGACAAUGAAACCUGGAGCUCUAAGCCUGGACUACGUGCGGACGGUGCGGCGGUUCCUGUGGUUCAGCGGCGCGUGGCCGGGCGAGGUGUUCGACGAGGCGGUCCCCAGGUUCAUCCACUGCCACAAGUACCUCAUCGUGGUACAGUACGUGCUAGGCCUCAUCGGACAAAUUAACUUCCUUUGGAAAUUCAACAAAGAGAUCUCCUUUCUAAUGAUGGGACACGUUUAUAUAACUACUUUCUUGACUUCGGUUACCUUAGUGCGAUCAUUAUUACCAUUUUUUCAAGAAUAUAAAAAUAUCACAGAGGAAUUCCUGACAGAGUUUCAUUUAUAUUACCACAAAACUAAAGGCAAAUAUGAGGCAGAGAUUUGUGCAUUCUGGGACUGGUUGUCGAGCUGGUUCGCUCUGUACCAGAUGGCGCUGAUGGUGCUGGGCAUGACGCUGUUCAACGUGCUGCCCGUGUACAAGAGCGUCCAGGCGGGCGCGUUCACCACCACGGACCUGCACAACGUCACUGUAGAGUUCGCCGUCUACUUCGACAUCGCCGGCUUCCACUGCUACGACCACUUCUACAUACUCACCGCAUUGAACUUUUACUUCUCCUACAUCACCUCGUGUAGCGUCUGCGUUCUAGACCUGCUAUUGUGUCUCAUAGUAUUCCAAAUCAUUGGUCACAUUCAAAUCCUAAAUUAUAAAAUUGAAAAUAUUCGCACGCCGGAAGGACUGAAAUACAACGAAGACGAAAAUAUGCAAGUUGGAAAAACAUUAAUUGCAAUUAUAGACCACCAUCGUGAUAUCGUAAGAUUUGCUGCAUCGAUAUCUUCAUUCUUUGGACCCCUGUUGGCCAUCAACUAUAUGUUUCAUCUGGUCAGUGGAUGUAUAUUACUUUUGGAAUGUGCCCGACCUGAUCCCGAAACCCUGGCCCGAUUUGGUCCUCUCACUGUUAUAGUAUUUGGAGAAUUAAUCCAACUAUCAGUAAUAUUUGAAAUCGUCGGUUAUAAAAGCGAGAAGCUGAUCGAAGCUGUAUACUGCAUGCCGUGGGAGAGCAUGGACGUCAGCAACCAGAAGACGGUCAAGUUCUUCCUGAGCCGCAUCCAGACGCCCAUCCAGCUCACCGCCAUGGGCAUCGUGCCCGUCGGCGUGCAGACCAUGCUGAAGAUAUUGAAAACAACUUUAUCUUAUUUUGCUUUACUGAAAUCAAUCAGCGAAUAAUGGACAAUUCUAGCUCAACAACAGAGAAUACACCGAAAACCCAAAUCAAGAAGAAAUUGGGAAAAUUUAGAGCAGUAGUAGGUAUUUGUACGGUUCUUGUGUGUAUGUAACGUUGAUUUUGAUUGUCUCUCAAAUCCAAAGUUUGUAAAUAGAAUUAUCUUAUUUCAUAACUUUUUCAUUAUUUUACUAGGAAAAACUACUUAGGUACAUACAAUAAAAACAUCGACGCAAACAG